AUGUCACCGCCCAGUUCCACCGAUACCGCCAUUACAGUCGGCUCUCAUAACGAUGAGGGCCGCGAAACCGAAAGUCUGUCAGAAAGUGUGCUUGAGCACAUGUACGAACAUAGACUGCGUUAUCAUGCGUACCGCGCGGGCAAAUACGCAUUCCCAAACGAUCUGGUCGAACAGGACCGCGACUUUAUGAAACACCUUAUCAGCAACCUUCUUUGCGACAGAUGGUAUCUGUCGCCUGUUGACGAUGUGCUGGCAAGAGGUGGUGAAGUGCUUGAUUUGGGCACUGGUCCUGGUCAUUGGGUUCUUGAAGUUGCUGAAUGGUUUCCUGAGUCCACUUUCCUCGGCGUUGAUCUUUCACCUAUUCAACCUACCGAGGUCCCGGAGAACGUACAUUUCAUGGUUGACGACUUCGAACAUGAAAACGGCUGGGCUCUAGAGGAGGAGUUCUACGACUUCAUUCACCUUCGUCAUACUCUUCACUCUGUUCGAGACCGCCGAGAACUGAUGGAUCGGGUAUACAGGCAUCUGAAGCCUGGCGGUUGGUUCGAGAUCCAAGAGCUGGAAUUCUUCCCUCUUUGCGACGAUGGCACGACUCCCGAAGGAGACAACUAUGGAUUCCGCGUCUUCACGCAAUAUUUGGCAGAAGGCAUGAGAGCCUUGGGAUCCGAAAUGCACGGUAUCCGUUAUGCGGCCGAUGAAAUGCGUGCUUCCGGCUUCGAAUGUGUCACCGAAGACAGGCGUAAGUGCCCAAUCGGCGACUGGGCGGCAAAACCUGAGCUGCGCGAGGCAGGCGGCUUGAUGCGAAGGACCAUCGAAGACGGGCUAAAGGGUCUUGCGACACGACCUUUCAGGGCCCUGAAUUGGUCGGAAGUCCAAAUCGAAAUCUUCCUCAUGAACGUGAGGCCUCACGUGGCGAACAAACAGUUUCACAGCUAUCUGAAUCAUCGGACCGUAUACGGGCGAAAGCCGCUCAAUGCACCGAGACGACAAUGA